GAUACAAAUAAUAGAUUUAUUUCAAAGAUGUGGUUAUUAGGGAGAUAUAUCAGAUCUUUAUUUUCUCCGACUUGGAAUGGAGAAAAUUGUAAAAUGGUAAUAAUAGUUCGAUCAGAUCUAUCUAUGGGGAAAGGCAAGGUUGGUGCUCAAUGUGCCCAUGCUGCGCUAGAGUGCUGCCGUCAGACUUUAAGUAACCAAAAGAGGCAAGAGAUGUUUCAUUCUUGGUUACAAGUUGGACAGCCUAAAAUUGUUCUUAAAGUACAAAAUGAAGAAGAAUUGUUAAAUCUAGCAGAUAAGGCUCAGCGUGCUGGUCUAAUUACCGCCAUAAUAAAAGAUGCUGGUAGGACUCAGUUGAGGUAUGGUACAGUUACAGUUGUUGGUAUAGGACCAGGAUCCACUGAGGUUAUUGAUAGCUUUACUUCAAAAUUAAGAUUAUUGUAAUGUUCAUUUAUGCAUCACAAUUGGAAUACUUUAUAAAUUCAAUUCUUCUUUAAUAUCAAAUGUUUGAACCAUGGUAAAAGAUUACAUAAUCAUUUUGACAAUAUCUGGAAAUAUAAAGAUUCUCCAGUGAGAUAAAUUCAAAAAUUUCUUCUCUUCAUAUAAGAUUAAAUUCUUGUAGUUAUUAUAAAGAUUGCAAUAUAUUUCAGGUGUAUUAAAUAUAAUCAAUCUAACAGACUGUAUAUAAUGUUGUG